AUGGCGCCCCAACCCGAAAAGAGUCAAUUGAAACGCGCUCUGCAAUCCGCCGGCGAGCAAGAUACCGAGUACAAGAAGCCGCGCACCGAGCAAGUCGCUGCUGACAAAGGCCCCGAGACGCCGCUGAAGGUUCACAACGCCGCUUUUCCCUCGCCCAUCACCCAGGGUGGCUCUACCACGACCGAUGUCUCCAAGGAGGGCACCGCAACACCGCCGCCCAGAAGCACCGACGAUGCCUCGCAGGUGGCGAGCAAAGGACCCGUCGAGACCUCGCAACGUAACGGCCUAUCAUCGCCACCCUCAGAUACCCAGCCGUACUCGCAAUUCCUAUACCCGCCCGGCCCCUGGUAUGAGGUGCAGGACGAGGAGGCCGAAGGUGUCUGGGGAUAUUUGGUGCCCAUGGAUGACAAGUUCGGAGACGUUCUGGUGCUGAGGAAGCGCAGUGCGUGCCCUCUACCUAACCCACCACCUCUACCAUCCGGGAAGGCAGUAAUGAGGAGGGGGUCCCUGGAGAAGCAGGAAGAAAAGUACGAAGAGAAGAAGCAGCACGAUGGCAUCCCAGCUGGUGGAUACCUGAUCGGCAGACAUCCUGAAUGCGAUCGUGUCAUUAAGUCGUCGCUGGCAGUCUCGAACCGUCACUGCCUUCUUUUCCUGGAACACAAGGGCGGUGGCGCCGUUGCGGUGCUUGAGGAUCUUUCGGCCAAUGGGACUUUCGUCAACGAUGCAAUCGUCGGUCGAAACAAACGCCGAGAACUCCAUGAGGGUGACCAAAUCCACAUUGUCGACGAAGCCAAGUGCAUGUUCCGUUACCCGCGCAGCCAGCGUGCAACAAACGGCUUCAGCGAGCAAUACAGCGUUCAGGAGCAGCUUGGCAAGGGCCACUUUGCAUCUGUCUACCUCUGCAUCGAAAAGUCCAGUGGGAUGCGGUUUGCCGUCAAGAAGUUCGAGAAACGCGGUGGUCCUUCUGAACGCUCGAGGGUGGAGGGUCUGCAGCAGGAAAUUGCCGUCUUGAUGAGCGUUAGCCACCCCUCGCUCUUGUGCCUCAAAGACACGUUUGACGAGGCGGAUGGCGUUUACCUUGUGUUGGAACUGGCUCCGGAAGGAGAGCUCUUCAAUUGGAUCGUGAUGAAGCAGAAGCUGAGCGAGGAAGAGACAAGAAAGGUCUUCGUGCAGCUGUUCCAAGGAGUCAAAUACCUGCACGAGCGCAACAUUGUGCACCGCGACAUCAAGCCGGAGAACAUCCUCCUGGUGGACAAGAACCUGAAUAUCAAACUUGCCGACUUUGGUCUUGCGAAGAUCAUUGGGGAGGAGUCGUUCACGACGACGCUCUGCGGCACGCCGAGCUACGUUGCGCCCGAGAUCCUUGAGUCGUCUAACCAUCGCCGUUAUACCCGUGCUGUGGACGUUUGGUCCCUCGGCGUCGUCCUCUACAUUUGUCUCUGCGGAUUCCCGCCGUUCUCCGACGAGCUUUAUAACCAAGAGAAUCCCUACACCUUGUCUCAACAGAUCAAACUGGGCAGAUUUGACUACCCCAGCCCGUACUGGGACUCCGUUGGCGACCCCGCUCUGGAUCUGAUUGACAAGAUGUUGACGGUCGAUGUCAACAAGCGCAUUACCAUUGACGAGUGUCUUGAGCACCCAUGGACCCGCAAUGCCUGUGGCCCUAGCGCAAGCAUUGACUCAACCGAUGGCUUGACGGGAGCUUUGGGCAAUCUCGAUUUUGCCAAGCGCAAAGUCCAACGCGAGCGAACACUGUUGAGCAGCAUUAACGACGUAAAGGUCAGCAAAGUGGUGGAGCUUGCAAGUGAUGCCCCGCCGCUCAAGAUCUACGAGAAGAAUGGGAGCGGUUCGCGAAUCAAGUCACCGGCAAAGGCGAGCAAGGCCAAGAAAGCCAACAAGGAGGACACGCCGUCGGAAAACAGAAACGCAGAGGAAUUCAUGGAGAUGGGCGGUAAGGGCGACGAGACGCUGUUCGGCAACGAUGAGACGAGCAAGUACCCCGGGGCCUGA